UAUCGCGCUGACUCUCGAGUUAGUAUCUUGUUGCUCGUUUUUUUUCAUCGUUCUCCCUCUCUCUUUCUCUUUUCCUCUCUCCCUCUCUCUCUAUCUUUCCAUCUCCCUCUCUCUCUCUCUCUUUCUUCUCUGGGUCUGCUCGUUUUCGUCAUCGUGCGUCACUCUGUUCCCGGUAGAGCUCCCAGCGACCUAUACGUCACGCGAGCAAGACGUUUAUCGAUCACGAUCGAUCAUUUUCCGUGAGUGACUUUGAAUUUAAAAAGAAACGAAUAAAACAAGUGUCGAUCGAUUUUACUUUUUCGUUCGGCAUCUGAAAGAUCUCGAAGAAACACGGCUCCGUGAUGGAGACGAAGACGGAACCGUUGACACCGCCGCAAACGCCUCCAUCCGUCGAUAGAUCGAUGCAUCAUCAUCACCAUCAUCAUCAUCAACAGCAGCAGCCACCGCCGCAUCAGCAGCAGCAACAACAGCAACAGCAACAACAACAACAGCAGCAGCAGCAACAUCAUCAACAGCAACAUUUGCAGUUCCCUAGGUGGAACAGAUCCCAGCAGUUCACCACCGGCAGGUAUUUCCAGCAGCAACAGCAACACGUUCAAACAGCGCAACAGAACGUUGGUACUUUCCACCAGACUGCUUUUUUGGACAAUUGGUUCUUGAGAGGCGCGGCUCUGCUAGCCGUUAGGGGUUGUUGUUCGCAGACGCGUUCUCACCUCUAUUAUCAGGCUCAUCAGAGUUUACUGCCGGUACCGCCGCCGCCACCACCGCCACCGUCGUCAUUCCUCACCCGGAGAUCGCCUGGCCAGAGACCCAAGAAGCAAUUUAUCUGCAAGUUUUGCAGUCGACAAUUUACGAAGAGCUACAACUUGCUGAUCCAUGAAAGAACGCAUACCGAUGAGCGCCCGUAUUCGUGCGACAUAUGUGGCAAGGCUUUCCGCAGACAGGAUCAUUUGAGAGAUCAUCGAUACAUACACAGUAAGGAGAAACCAUUCAAAUGCAACGAAUGCGGCAAAGGAUUUUGCCAGAGCAGAACUUUGGCGGUGCACAAGAUUCUGCACAUGGAAGAAUCACCGCACAAAUGCCCGGUCUGCAGCCGAAGCUUCAACCAGAGGAGCAACCUGAAAACGCACCUUCUGACUCAUACGGAUGUUCCGCAGGAUCUCAGGGUCGAAGCCCCGGUAUCUUCGGACUCGAGGAUUAUUUCAUCCACGGAGGUCAGGCAGAUGGCGGAACGGGUGAGCGGGUUUCUGCCGAUUCAGAGGAGCGGCACGAUCGCGCCUAAACUCGGCUUCAGUAUAGAGGACAUUAUGAGACGUUAGAGCGUAAUCGUAAAUCGUUCCUAAUCCCUGUCCGCGUACCUGGCGCAAAGUGCUUCCUGGUUUUGCUUCACGAUAUUUUUCACACACGGCUGUUUCUCGAAAAGUGGAUUUUUAUCAGUCACGCAUCUCUUCAUUGGCUUUACAGUACUUUAUAUACAGUACUUUAGCCCGUAGUUUGCUCUUUGCCAAUUGAGUUAGCUUUAAUUUAAUUCUAUGUAUUUAUUGUGAUGAUUUAACGUGGAGUUAUAUGUAAUACGUAAGGAGUAGACGGUAAUAUACACUAAUAUAAGCUAUAAGUUUGCUAACGAGUUAAUCUGAAUCGGGCGCAAAUACGUAGAGUUCAACGGGCGUUAUUUAUUAAUUUUCGCGUAAUUUUUUUCGAAUCUUAUUCAUCGACAAAAAAGAAUCAAGCCGAAAACGGUAAACUUUAGCUAAAUCUGGGCUAAUAUUUCCGACAGUCGUAAAAUCGUAUAUUUUUCAAACUCGUACGUUCUCGAUGCCGUACGCGUGUUGAGCUGAAUUUUCGUCUUUCGGAGGCGGAUAUCCAGCUGCUGAUGCUGAUGUUUCCCGAUUCGAUUUUACGAGAUACAUUAUCGGCUCGAUACGACGAGUUUGAUUUCUCUGUUAGAGAUUAUAUUUUAGGAUUCGAUUGUGUGUACGUGUGUCGCAUGACGAGAAAUGUAAUUACAUGGUACCGUGCAGCGGGAUGAAAUUGCAACUUUGGACUUUAAACGAAAUGCAAAUUGCAACGAAAUAACUAAUAUUGACGUUACUAAUGACGCAGAACUGACAGAGGUAGAUUGAAAUCCGAGUCGUUGCGCAAUAUCGCCCGUGUCAAAUAUUUAUUAUCAGAUGCAAACCUUGUCGAGGUUGCCAUCGUGUUGCUAUCGAGCACGAUUAAAAUUUAUUUUUUCAUUAUUUAUUAAUUCUGAGGAAUUCGUCUUUACUCUCUUAUGGAGAUUCGGCUAGCCACGCGCGAGAAUCGACAAAUUGUUUCGUCAUCGUUUUCUCCACGCGAACACGAGCUUCCUCUCCUCUGUUUUUUUCUUUUUUGUAGCAGAUUAUACGCAUGUAGACAUUAUUUGGUCUGGUACGCGCAGCGUGAUACACGUACAGAUAUCUUACAUCGUGUAUAUUAUAUCUCCUUAUUCUUGUAAAUACGCGGUAUAUACAUAUAUUAUAAUAUGCGGAAUCUACGAAUAUUUAUGUCGACGUUUAAAUAAGAGAGUGAGAGCGCUUUGUAAAUACGCGAGAAAUUUUCUGGUCCUAUAUAAAAGCGCAUGGAUUUGUAUAUAUUAUAAUACAUAAUUUACGUUCCUAAGCAUGUAUAUGUAUAUAUUUUUGGGAAUGCUGUUUAUACAGUUUACAGAAACAGUAUUUCCUAGUACGUCGAAUCAAAACUUGUCGCGCAUUUCAAUUGGUUUCUUGUCUACUUUAUGCCUCUCAUUCCUAUGUGCGAUACAUUCCAGUUGUCCGAUUACAUGCGCGUUAGCAUCGUAGGGAGAGAGAAAGAGAGAGAGAGAGAGAGAGAGAGAGAGAGAGAAAACGUGCCGUCACGAUCGUUGUCGAAGCCACGAGAAAUACUCUCAAUCCCGGAUGUAAUGAGAAAAAUGCCACUUAAUAUAUUUUUCAUAUAAUUUGACGUAUCGCGUGCACAUGACGUCGCGAAGGAUAAUUAAUACGCGAUGAAGGGAAGCGCGCGAUUAAUAAGUUCGAUUGCACGUGCAAAUUAGACCCGUGCAACGUGUGUGUGACAAAUGUGUGUUGCCUUCCUUUCGAAAUGUUUUACAAAUUUCUAUAGUACGUAUAUCGGUUCCUAAAGUGCAUUCUCGUGGUUAUUCGUUCACGAGGUCGAGGCGUCGAGGGAUAAUUGAUUAUUCCUCGAGGACGAGACAACGAUCUGAGUGUCGCGGGGAAGGUGCGACGUUACCAUACUUGUCGCGUAUACAAACGGUGUUAGACGAGAUUCUUCAGUCGCCGGAUAUCUCCUCGUUUCCCAUAAAAUUUGAAAUUUAGAUCAGAUAAGCGUCAGGGGAAGGAAGAGUGGAAGGACACCUCGUAACGGUUACCCGUGCCACCUUUUCCUUCGAUGCCACCGGCGACCUGCAAACGGGCCCAAAGAUUUUUUCUUCUUUUAAUCUAGGAAAAAGAUAUUGCUACCCGUAGACCACCCACGUUCCGCGUAUAGGGUGUACAGAAUUCUCGUAUCCUUUAUCGUAUCGUGUACACGAAUCGUUGGACAAAUUUGGGAUCAAUUUUCCAUUGGCGAAAACUUGUCACUUGGAAGUACAUAAUUGCUCCUUGCUGAGAUUUAGCGUCGAGCAACUGUCAUCAAGAAAUCCAAUCAAGUUUUCGCGAAUGUAUCACGACAUAAAAUUAACUCCAUUUUUCACUGUUUUCACUGGAAAUUGAUCGCGUAACAUCGAGAAACAGAAAAGGACCGGGCUCAAAUUUAUUAAGGGGUUACACCACUUUGGAGCUUAAAAAAAACAACUAUUUUUGAGAUUUUUUUUAGAAAAUGACAAAGUAAAUGAAAAAUCUAUGAAGAAUUAUUGUAUGUGUGUUAAUGUAUACGAAAAAAUUUUUUAUUUUUUGAACAAAGUAGCAUCAGUGAGGCCGAUCCACAUAGGCUUCUUUUUCAGGAACGUCAAAUCGACGUGCAGAAUAACUGCAAAGCAGUUGGACCUGGAACAAAAAACAUAAAAUUUUUAUUUUCUACAUGGUAUUUACUAAAGAAAUAUGUAGGGGUUUUUUGAAAAAGGUUUUUUUCUGACAAUGGUGCACAUUUGAAAAGAAAAUGUCAUUUUUUACCUAAAAAUUUAGUAUAAAAAUAUCCAUAGCAAAGACAAUUUUUAAUAUAUCGCAAAACCCCUACAUAUUUCUUUAGAUAAUUUAAAAAGAAAGGUUUCCUCAAAAUUUUAAGUGAAUCGGAUAAAAAUUGUAGAAGUUAUGCAGCACGCCGAUUUUAGAGACAUCAGGUCGAGAAAAAAUUAAAAAAUGGAAAAAUUACCUUUAGUUUGCGAUUCCUGCACCAUACAGUUGUCCUUCCAUGUUCAUAUUAGCUUCUUCUGAAUUGUUUCGAUUUUUCGAAAUUUUUAAAGUGGUGUAACCCGGGAUUUACAUCGACGUUACGACAGGAUACUGGAUUUUUGAUACACUUUGUACAUUCGAUUCCGACUUGUUCCGUCUCCCCUUUCCCGAUCGCUUUCACAUUCAUUGGGUUACCGUUAAUUUAAAGUCGUUGUAAAUAUAGCGAUAUGCGUGUAGAUAGUCUGCCCCGUAGGUGUGAAUUAUCCUCUUCCAUAGUUUUAUCGUUAGUCGCCUCUUUGACCCGAUCGCUUAUAUCCCUGGGUGCGUCAAGUAUAUAAAAGCGCGCGUGCAAGCGUUCGUAACACGGAAUAUUAUCAGACUCGAUGCAGCUAAUUCGUUAUCGUAGCACCAUACCAAAUAGAAAGAGAGGAACAAGAGAAUACCUCACCCUAGUCGAUCGUAAUGUAUAUUUAAAUGUUGUUGUUAUCGAUUGGAAAUAAAAAUUAAUCCAGACGCAA